AUGGGCAAUUGCGGCACGAGAGAGGACUCUGUUGUAGCUGCUGUUCAUGCUCAAGUUCAACAGCUCUACAUGUUCCCUGGCAAAAAAAAAUUCCUGGCUACGUCACUGGUCCUCCUCCACGAGCGGAUCGGUCUGCUCUCCCUGCCCGUCUUCCUCCUCUCCGGCUUCAUCUCCUACGCCUCUGGAUCUCAGCCGCAGGCGUUUAACAAGGCGUGGUCAAAAGUAUGUCCAUCACCCUCUUCGGCUACUCUCAUUGUACCUGCAAAGAAAAGAUAUCUCUUAAAGCCGACCACCUUUUCUGCUCCAUGCAAAUCAAAAGUCACAAUCAAGGGAAUGAUCAAGGCUCCCCCACAUAGAUCAGCAUGGGAUGAAACUAACAGGAGGCAUUGGAUCCUAUUUGAUGGAGUAAACAAUCUUCAGGUUACCGGUGGAGGAAUCAUCAAUGGUAAUGGACAGAUAUGGUGGAAGAAUUCCUGUAAAAUUAAUAAAUAUCUUCCUUGCAAGAAUGCUCCAACUGCGAUAACCUUUUACGGAUCAAAUAACUUGGUGGUUGAGAACCUGAAGGUGAAAAAUAGCCAGCAGAUCCAUGAACAGUUUGAAAAAUGUACGAAUUUUAGAGCAUCUUACCUCAGUAUCACAGCACCGGAGAAUAGCCCAAACACUGACGGAAUUCAUAUUACAAGCACUCAAAACAUAAAUUUGGACCACUGUAACAUUGGCACAGGUGAUGACUGCAUAUCAAUCGUCGAUGGUGCUCAAACUGUCAAAGCAACAAAUAUCAGUUGUGGUCCAGGCCAUGGAAUCAAGUACAUGACACCCUAG